CAGUGCAAUGCGCGCUACAGAACAGUCGCGUUUUCGCUGCACGGUACGAAUAUUAUAUUCGCGUUUUGCGCGGCUUUAGCCGCUGCCCGUUUUAGUCGCGAUGAGUUCUAAACCGCUCAUCGCCAACGAAGUUUUGGCAUUCAUUAAUCAUGCCAUCGAUUAUAUGGAUGAGGUCAGCAUCGUGCAGAUCUGCAGAUCAGCCUACAAAGAGGAUGAGGUUUGCAGUGCAAAGCUGCUACUCUUCAAGUCGCUCGGACAACUCGAGCAGAUGCCAUCCCGCCGAAGGGACGGUGGGGACAAGAGCCUGCAGGAUAUCAUCUCCCUGCUGAAGAGGACAGAUCCUGAUGACGUGCCUGAGUUCGUGGCGAAAGACUUGCAUAAGCUGCCUCCCGUCACGUUCGAUCACGUCGAUGUCACCAGGCUGUUGAAAGACAUAACGUGUCUUAAGGCGAGCCUGGAAGAUAUGAAGUCCAAGAUGGAAGCUUCACAGGUGACCAUCAGUGACCUGCGUGGUGAAGUAGCGUUGUUGCGCAACGCUGUUUCUAUAAGUGGGUCAUUUGAUGUAAUUAAUGUGAAUACUCGUCGCGGUGCGCAAAACGCGUCUGUCAUCAGUUUCGAGUCGGCGAAUUCGAGUGCGUCACCGGUCGCCGAUGUAGCUGACGAUGCACCCCGCCCCGCCGCCGCCGCCGCUGCUGUGUCAACACCUGCGGCCGAACCUUGCGUAGGAACAUCGACCCCCAAACGCGCCUACGCAGCAGUUGCAGCCACCAACAAGCCCGCUGUGACGCAAACAAAGCGGGCCAAAGCAAAAGGGGGUAAACAAACCCGUGGCACAUCACAGCCACAGACUAGUCCUAAGAAGGACACGUGCGACAAGGAUGGCUUCAAAAAGGUAGAAAGGAGAAAAAAGAGGCCAACUUGUAGGAAUAAGUGCGGAACUGCACUAACUGGACCAAACAUCCUGCUGCGUCCUGCAGUACCAACGACGCAGUUGUACGUGUCCCGUCUACAUCACACCACGACGGUGGAGCAGAUCGUGGAGUAUGUCCGAUCCAAGACCAACUGGACCUUGAAGGUGGCGAAGUUGGAGUCGCGCCACAAUACGAACUUUAAUUCGUUCAUGGUGCGAGUUCCAACUCAUCACUUGGAGACAUUCCUCAAGGAAGAGUUUUGGCCGAAGGGUGUCGUAUAUCGGAGGUUCCGAGGAUGGCUACGCGACACCACGCAGCGUAACACGACGCCGACACUACGUGUGCAUUAGUUUUUAAGUUAUCUAUGUAACAUAUGUAUUAGUUUAUGAUUUAA